ACCACAUUUAAAUUAUGUAAAAUUGUGCGUUUUCAGUGUUUAAAAGUGUUUUAUUCGUGAUUGAAAUAAUGAUUUUGAAUAAAAAUAAAAUAAAGAGAAUCAUGAAUAAAAUAAUUGUGUAACGUCAAAGCGAAAACAUCAUGUGCAUUGGAAAGUGUUGCGGGAAGGGCGCUAACAAUGAUAACAUACCGUACGGACCUGGAGGAUUUCAACAAGGUUUUCAACAGGGUUACCAGCAGUUUCAGCAGGGGGCUGGUUACCAACAAGGAUACCAGCAGGGAGGUUACCAACAGGGGUACCAACCAAAUCAGGGCUAUCAGUAUCAACAAGGGGGAUAUGACCAGAGCCAGGGUUAUCAACAAGGGGGAGGAUUCCAGGAUCAAGCGAGCCAAGCCACUCGAGCUGCUGAAUCGCAUUGCCCGAAAAUCGACAAGGAGCAUUUGAUAACGUGCGGCAAACACAUCUUAGAAUUGAUCAAGAAGUACAUGGGCCACGGGCACGGCGGUGGCGGUGGCGGUGGCGGCGGUGGCGGUGCCGGUGGCGGUGGCGGUAGACCUGGAUAUUCCGGGGGAGGAGGCUACGACGGGCAGAAUAAAGGCGGGGAUAAUGUUGGAUCUCCUAGAUUUGGGGAACAGAAAAAUGCUGAAGAAGACACGGAUGAUGAGCACAAAAGAGAUGAACACACUGAUGAUGAGCACCACACCGAUGAUGAGCACCACACUGAUAACGAUGAUGACCAUGAAGACCAUGAUGAUCAUGAGGACCAUGAUGAUCAUGACGACCAUGAAGACCAUGACGAUCACCACGAUAAACGCCAUUAA